AUGGUAGACACACCUUUCACUCCUUUCACACCUCAUACCCCAAGGCCUGCUCUGGGAGAUAUUUCAAAUCACAAACUGCUUUUUAGUGCAUACAAAACACCUUUACAGUUGCCACUCCCUGAAUCCGAAGAAGAAAUCAAAGGACAAAUUCAUUUGAAUUUAGACGAAAUUGAAGAAAUCACCCAGGAGAGCUUAGGAAUUCAGCUUGAAAGUCCUAUUGAAUCCCCUAGAAUAAGCAUAAUCCCUGAUAGUAUUAUAGAAAUUGAUGAAAACGAUGUGUUCGAAGAUCUCGACUUUGAAAUUGUACAAAAUGAAAUUGAUCGUUAUUUAGAUACAAAACCUGAUUUAUUUCCUAGCAUAAUUGAUUAA